AUGACAUCGUACGGAACACGUGUUUUCAAGCGGCUGAAUAAUGUUUUUGAAAAGUAUGAAAGGUUGCCCUCGAUUAUUUUGAAACCAAAACAAGUUCAAUGUUUCGAGUAUUUAGGAGAAGGACACCACGUUAUAGUUGUUUUGCCUGCAGGAACGAAAGGCAGAGGCAAUAUUGUACUUGUUGUCUCUCCUUUAACAUCAAUUAUUCAAGAUCAGCUAGUAUAUUUAACUAAAGUAGUCAUUGAAUGUGGUUUCUUACAACUCGAAGACCAAGCUAAUAAUAGUCAGAAGUACAAACCCUUGUUUGAAGAAGAUUUGAAUGAUGCAUCAAAUUCUAUUUUCAAAAUUUCAAAAAGCAUUGUUGCAGGCAAAUGUAAAAUUUUAUUUGCAUAUCCUGAGUCCCUGUUAUCAGAUCAGGGAAGGAAAAUAUUAAGAUCAAAAAUUGAGGAAAAUGUUGUGGCUUGUGUGAGGCGCAUUGUGUGGAAUUAUGAAUUUCAAAACUUAUCAGUUUUACAAGCAUUAUUCCGUCACAGUAUCAUGUUAGCUUUGACUGCAACUGCUUUACCCACAAAAUUACGUAAUUUAAAAAAAGCUUUGAAAAUAGAAAAUUGCAAAGUGGUUACUGCAAAUCCAAAUCCUGUCAAUAUGUCUAUUAAAAAUGGAUUAUAUUGUGUGACUUCUGACCAUAAAUUACCUUCUUUAAAAAACAUCAUUUCGUCACAAUUCUUUUCAAACAAGACAGAGCCACCACUUUUCUUUACAAGUUUUUGCAUGCACUAUAUGGAAUUUGGGAACAGUAGUUUGAUUGCAGCAAACGGAUUACGGCAUAAAGAUUGUGAGAUACUGAGACAUGAAGAGUAUGAAAUGCCUAGUAUACGGAGUGUGACAUGCUUAAUAUACGAACAUAAGGAGUAUGACAUGCUUAAUAUACGACGUGUGACAUGCUUAAUAUACGAAAAACAUCCAAAACAAAGUUCUAAGGCUUAG